AUGGCUCCUUUACCAGUGAUGUUAUUUCUCAUAACCCUGCUGUUCCCAUUGAUGAGCAUUGAAGGAAGGGUACUGCCACAAACUCAAAAACAAUCCACCAUAUCUUCAAAUCAUAAGACAAAUGACAAGGCUGCCUUGGACAAGACUGACUGUCAAGGUGAAGGAAAUAUACAAGGCCGGGAGAAGGUAUUCUGUGCCUCCAAUCAAGAGCAAACAUUAUGUGGAGAUGUGGCCAAUGCUAAUCAACACAAGUUAAACCUGUCUCAAAACAUGAUGUCCCAGAGGACCUGUUGUACUCAGAGCCAUCAAGUGGACCCUGUAUACUUCAACCACUCAGCCAAUAGGAUUCAAGGGACCAGAGUUAGGGACCACGAAAACAAUUUUAGACACAAAGUCAUUUACGGUUUGGAUGAAUUCUUGAAGUUAUUGGUAGAGGUGUUAGUUUCCCAUUAA